UAGCACAGCCCUGAUUCUGAAGCAUCGAUCGAGCUUGAGUUUCCUAGUUUUGGUGAUUUGCAUUGCAGAGUGGCCGAAUGGUGGCUCAGGGAAGAGGCAGUGCGGCCACCGGUCUGGUCGCCGGCGUCGUGCUCCUGUGCGCGCUCCUUCCAAUCACCGGCGCGGCCGCGAUGGCGCGGCAGGCGCCGAGGACGUACGUGGUCGGCGACGACAAAGGGUGGGGUCGCGACCUCAACUCAUGGUGGCCGAACGGGAAGACCUUCUACGCCGGCGAUGUGCUCGUGUUCAAGUACGACAAGGAGCUCCACGACGUGUCGGUGGUGGGCGGCAAGGGGUACCAGCGGUGCGAGGUGCCGAGGCACAGCGCCAAGAGGUGGGUGAUGCGCACCGGGAACGACCAGGUGACGCUGCGCAGGGGCAACAACUACUUCAUCUGCGGCCUGCCGGGCCACUGCGACAAGAACAUGAAGCUCGCCGUCAAGGCCUGGUAGAUCCAUCCAUCUGGCUGCAUAAUGUCCGCAAGGCCUACCGGCCGGGGUACAUCAUCAUCAAGCAGUGCUUGCAUGCUUGGCCUGGCCGUCGGUUAAGUGUCCGUGUCUUGCUGGGUUCUCGAGUUAAUUUAUUUGCCUCUCGAAUUGGGGUUGUCACUUGUAUUAGAAACCUAAUUUAUCGUGGAUUA